UUUAAUCCUGUGAAGGGUGUGAGAAAGACAGCAAAUGCAAGAGCCACGCAAAGUAGAGGAUGCUGUUUAGUAAACCAUGGAAGAAGCUACAGUGAAGCAGGGUAUGCUCUACCUUCAGCAGCAGACAGCAUUUGGAAAGAAAUGGAAGAAGGUCUGGGCAGUAUUGUACAGAGAAACCAACUGCUCAAUUGCUCGGCUAGAAUAUUUUGAAGGAGCCAGUGGUCCUGAAAAAAUUGAGAAGAACAAGAAAGGAGAAAACAAGAAAGUUAUCCGCCUCUGUGACUGCAUCCGGGUAGUAGAAAUCAGUGACAAUAGUCCCAAGGAAACAACAGCCUUCUUACUAGAGACUACAAAUAAGCUGUUAGUCUUUGCUGCUGAUAAUGCUGUCCAAAAUGAAUGGAUUCAAACUCUCUGUGAGGUGACAUUCCAAAAAAACAGAAGCCUAGAUGCAGGGAAUGACAAUCUCUCACAAUCCAAAUCUUCAAAAGUCAGUAUGGAAGAAAAUUCACUGUACAGCACUCGUGAACAAGUGAAAGAAUUUAAGGUAACUGCAAGGAGGACCGAAGCCACAGAUAGAUGUCAACUCCGUGGAACAUACAUUCUGAAAGCAGACAAUGAUUCCUUGGUGAUUAAAGACACAAAGACAGGUGGAAUCCUUUACACGUGGCCAUACAGAUUUCUAAGAAGAUUUGGACGAGACAAGGUGACAUUCUCAUUUGAAGCUGGAAGAAGAUGUGCUUCUGGAGAAGGAAACUUUGAGUUUGAAACCAAGCAAGGCAAUGAUAUCUUUCAAGCCAUUGAAGAAGCCAUCAACGUGCACAAAAUGACAACAAAUGAAAUGCCAGCAGCUCAGAGGGAGAUACCUGCAAUCAUAAACCAGGAAGUGUAUGAGGAUGCAGGCUUAGACGAAACAGGCCACAGAAUGCAAAGGUUCAAAAAUGACCUAGCAAACAAAAGUGUGCAUUCCACAGGGACUAGAUGCUUAUCCCUGGAGUCAGGACAGGAGGCUAAAUCUGCCUCUCUCAAAUCCAGGCCUGUGAAACCUUUAAAUAGCUGCCCACUGCCUUCUGCCAAAGGUGUCCUUCCUUCUGAGCCAAUGAGUGACUUCCUUCAACCACCUCCUAUGCAGAGCCUUUACUCAGAAGCCUCUACUGCGAACAUGCAACUAGAGCCGAACAGUAACAAGAAAGUAAGAGAAAAAAGUAAAAAAAAUCAAGGAUCUCCAAGAGAAACGCAAAUAGAAUCUGACUAUGCAGUUCCUUUCGACACCAUUGCCAAGUCUCUAAUGGCUAACUUUCCAUUUAAUAUGCCUGAAUCAUCACAUGCUAAAGAUGAAGACCUUUUUUCACCUCCUCCAGCAGUGUGUGAGAGUCAAGACCCACUUUAUGACUCCAUUGACGAAAUGAAUCUUAAAGAUAGAGGUCAUUCUUCCAGGCCAGUUUUUACCAAAUCAUACCAUAUUUAUGAUGAACCUGAGGGUUGUGCUGGUGUUUCUGUUUAUGAUGAGCCUGAGGAGGUUAAAGGCCAUGCAUGGAAGUUACAGGCCACAGAACAGGAUCCACCAGGUCAUGAAUAUCCUUAUAACCCACAUGUGGAUGACUAUGCUGUGCCAAGAAAGGCCGUAUCUGCUGCUCAGCUGAAUUACUACACUGAGGACACACAACAUGAAGAUCAGCAGGAGGAUGAGGACAUUGAAGAAUGCGAGUAUGAUAAUGUCAUAUUAAAAUUUGCAGACAGAAGGACUGAAUAGCACAUGCAUGGACAACAUAUCCACCCAGCAUUCAGAUCAAAUGUCAAGAGUUUAAAAGGACGACUAACAUCAAAAGCUAGGGGCAUAUCUUGCAAAGUAUAGAGAACAAAUUAUUACAUACAUCUUACAAACCCCCCUUAUAUUAGUAACAUAACAGAAUAUAUAAAACAGGAUGGAAAAUAUAUUGGCUAAAAAGACAUACCUAUGUGAGGGAAAGAAAGAUAAAGUACAUUAGACUUGAUUUGUACAUCAAAAAAGAAAUAAUGUCUAAAGGCAACCUGUAAAACAAAUCACAAUGACUGGUUUUAUAUCAUUAAUGCGGGCACACAAGGACACAGCAGAAGAGCUAGGAAUCUCUUUUUGAGAUGUUGCAUACUGUUGGAGAGAAUCACAUAGAAAUUAUUUAGUUCUGCAGCAUACGUUCUUACGGAACUCCAGCCAGUGGCAGUUGGAACAAUCUGAGACAGUGUUACAUUGGAUCUAUCAUUUUCUAUAUGUUAAGAACCCAUCAGUUUCCUGAAUACAUAAUUCACUGUCUUUAUGAGCCAGUAGCAAAGCUACCAAGGUAGAGUCUUAUAGGGAUUGCUAUCCAUCACAUUAUCUGGGAAUGUGCACAACUUAAACUCUGUCCCCCUCUAUGAGGCUAGGAAUGUGUGUCAUGUUCUCUCUGCCCCAGAAGUUGGAAGUAUGCAUAAAUUUUAUAGCUAUCCCUGAUAUUGGGAAUGCACAUGAUGUUAUUCCUGUCCCAGAAGCUGGGAAUAUGCACCAUGCUAUCUCUGUCCUUGAUUCUGUAAAUGUAUUCCAUGUUUUUUUUUUUGCCCACAAGCUUGGGAAUGUGCAUAACGUUAUCUUAGUCAUGGGAGCUGGGACCAUGCACAAUAUUACAGGAAACAUACUCUGUGCAGAAUUUCUAGAGCGGUGUUCAUAAGGUGUUUUUUGUUUUGUUUUGUUCUGUUUCUAAGAAAGAGUGGAUGAAGGGGAAAAUGAUCCUGCCUAGGUGCGAGGGGCAACGCUUCCUACAGAAAAUGCCCAUAAGAAUGUCAUUUUUAACUGCAUUCAAUCAUUUAAUCUCAGGAUUCCUCAUUCAGUUCCCUUCUUCCUUUUUUGUGAGUGAUGGAUAUGGUGGCAGUACAUGAAGUAGGACAAAUCACAUUACCUUUUCCCAAGCAUAGAUUCUAGCCCAUCCUAUGGGAUCUGUAAACAUUCCCAGACCACAUGACUGGUAUCAUUCCUCCCAGCAUGUCCAGUAUGUAGCCCAUAGAUCGUUGCAGUGGAACAUAGAACAGCAGCAGCCAGCUAGGGGACAUUCCUAUAGGAACCACCUAAUUAGGUUUUCCUCAGUAUUCUGCAGCAGCAGCAGCUAUAGUCUUAGUGCAGAGAAGUCAUUUCCACCUCUUGUACCAAUGAUAUAAUUUUUUCAUUCAUUACUGAUAGCUCAUGACCACAGCUGAGGAUGAAAACACAGGCUGUUAAGUAAAAUGAAACCUUUGUCUGAAGAGUUAGCUCCUGUUUUGCCAUCACAGAGUAGUUUAUUAAACAUAAGACUGUGGUCACUGUCCCAAUUCUCUUGUGAGUCUCAUGCUCCUCUAGUCAAGAUUAACAAGCAAAGACCUGUCGUACUUAAACUCCUCCACUGAGAACAGAUGCCCUGUCCCAUCUGAACAGAGAGCUCUACUUUUUUGUAAGACAGUACUAUAGCAUAAAACAUUGAGAUGCUAAUUGUUAUCCCAGCUACUUCAAAAUGUACAGUAAAUCACUCAAGUGCAUGGUGGAGGACACAGUCAGAUGACACCAAAAGCACACCGUUCCUAAACCGGGCACCCUCACAAAUUGUACUCUCUCUUUAUAGUCUGUCAUUAAACGUCAUAACAGGAGUGGUGAGAAGAUGCAAUUUCGGUGGUGUCCAAAAAAAUGACAUUUAGUAAUUUCAGUUUAAUGUCAAUUAAAUGGGACUCAACUGUUACUGUUUUCAUACAGGGACCAGAUGAUUCAUGGCAAAAUAAAUGUACCACUUCAUCUGUCAAAUCUCUCCCAAGGGACCUGCCAACUCAUGUGACUGUAAGCCUUCUCCAAGCCCAACAACAGCUGUGACAUGGAUUGGAUGAAUCUUUCAAAUACUCAUACUGCUGUACAAGGCUACCCAGUGAUUCCACUCUUCUAUGGCCUUGAUGGAUUUUUGUGUUGCUCCUCCUGAAGCCAAGCUUUUCCAGUCAGACUCCCCAUGAAUUAUCAUGCAAGAGUGGACAGGCUUAUGCACCUCAACAAAUGACAGAACUAUGUCAUCUGCAGCUGUGUGCUCCUGGAUGAGUUUCCUUUAAUGACCACAUCUUGUGUGAGGGGACCAUAUGAGCUUCACAAAAAGGCCCACAUAUUUAACCCAAAUUGAGAAGACCCUGUCUAGACUAAGGUGAUCUGUAGCCACUGCAGCAGCUUUACAUGAAUGUUGUUUCACUUGAUGAGAUACUGGUUGCCAUGCUACUGAUGUAACCUGGCUGGCCUUAGCCUAAUAUAGCUAUAUAAUCCAAACCAGUAGAAAUACGCCCAACAAGUAGAAAAAAGUUCCUGUUACACGAAAAAUAAAAUAAGCCAAAUGUAUAAUCCAAAACAUGCACAGGAACCAAAUGGCAGUAACAUCCGAUAAUGAAAGGCACCAAGUAGCUCAAUAAUCAACAAGAACAGCCACAAAGUAAUGAAGUAUAGAAACAGUUUAAUUCCACGUAAUAAGCUACUUGGUGCCUUUCAUUAUCGGAUGUUACUGCCAUUUGGUUCCUGUGCAUGUUUUGGAUUACACAUUUAAUAUAGCUAUAUGUUUUGGCUCAUCACCUGAGAAUAAAAACAGUCUAGAUUUGCAACAUGUGCCAGACCCCCAUGUAACGUCUACUGCUGAGAUUGGAAUUAUGUACCAGGUUCCAGAGAUAAAGAAUGUAAAUCAUGUUAUCUGUCUUCUUGGGUUACGGAAU